UUUUGUUUGUCUUUUUGCAGCCACUUUCAUCGAAGUCCAAAAGUAGCAUGGCUCUGGGAACGUAUGAUUUGAAAUGAUGAGAUGUUAAUGUCCAAGCCAAUGCCAGUGAAGCUAGUCCAGAAUCAGGGAGUGGACUGUAGCCUAACCCGGCCCAGUGUUGGCCAGGGCCCCAGAUGUCCUCCAGUGGGGUAGCUCCCUGAGUUCCCAGAGGCCAGGAGAGGUUCCUCUGCGGAGAGCGAGGAAAAAGAGCGAGGAAGAAGAAGGGGACAGGCGCGGAGUGGACGGCUUUUUCUUCUCAAACGUGACGGGCAGAGCGAGGAGCUAGGAGCCAUGGCAGCCCACCUCAUCGCCCUCAGGAGCUUCGUCCUGCUGCAAGUGCUUUGUCUGGCCCUGGCGCAAGUGAGUGGUCCUCCAGGAUCACAGGGACCUCCAGGGCCACCUGGCCCCUCUGGAACCCCCGGAGCCGACGGAAUCGAUGGAGAUAAAGGACCCCCUGGCCCUCCUGGACCAUCUGGCCAGAAGGGUGAACCUGGUGAGCCCGGCCCAGAUGGCACUCCAGGAGAGAACGGCAUUGAUGGAUUGAUCGGAGCAAAGGGAGACAGGGGAGCUGUAGGAAGCCCUGGUCCAAAGGGUCAGCCAGGACCAACGGGGCCCCAGGGACCAACUGGCCCUGGCCUUCCUGGACUAUCAGGUGCACCUGGUCCUAUUGGGCUUCCUGGUGAGUUGGGCAAGGCUGGACCCAAGGGCAUGAUGGGAACUCCUGGGGCUCCAGGCCUGCCAGGACCUUCAGGCAAACCAGGACCUCCCGGAAAGUUCCUUGGUGGAGGAGAAGAGGGCAGCGCUGACUUCCAGUGUCCCACCAACUGCCCAGCCGGACCAAAGGGGCCCCAAGGACUACAGGGAGUGAAAGGACACAAAGGCCGGGCUGGGAUUCUGGGUGACCCAGGAAGCAUCGGGAAGUCGGGUCCUGGUGGAGAUGUUGGCAUCUCUGGAGAACAAGGAAUCCCAGGCCCUCCUGGCCCACAGGGCAUCCGAGGCUACCCAGGCAUGCAGGGACCCAAGGGGGAGAUGGGGCCUCGUGGGUACAAGGGUCUCUUGGGGCCUGCUGGCAUCCCUGGCAUUCCUGGUGAAGAGGGGCCACAGGGACCUCCUGGUGAGCCUGGUGACAAAGGAGAUCUGGGUGGAGUUGGCAUCAAAGGACCCCAGGGUGCUGUUGGAAAGAAGGGAGAAAAUGGUUUGCCAGGAAUUGAUGGCAAAGAUGGAACUCCUGGAAUUCCUGGCAUAAAGGGCGCCCCAGGACAGGGUGGAAGACCUGGUCCUCCUGGCCCCCAGGGGACAGCAGGUUUGCCAGGUAGCCCUGGAACCAAAGGUGGAGUUGGAGACAAGGGAGAGACUGGACCCCGAGGUGCUGUUGGGAUGUCUGGACCUCCAGGACCUCAGGGAGAGCCUGGUCCCCCUGGUGAAGCUGGUAUGGAAGGUGUCCCAGGACCCAAGGGUGACCGGGGAGAGAGAGGACCUGCGGGACCCCAGGGUGUCAUGGGCAAAGCCGGAGGCAAGGGACAGAGGGGACCCAUGGGAAUCCCAGGGGCACAGGGACUUACCGGAACCAAAGGCGACAAGGGAUUCCAAGGACGCGUCGGAGCUAAGGGAGACUUUGGUGACCCAGGUGUGGAGGGACUGGAAGGGGAAAAGGGAGAGAAGGGUAUCUCAGGUGAACCAGGACCUAAAGGACAGCAAGGAGUGCGUGGUGACCAGGGCCAUAACGGACCCACCGGAGAUCCAGGCAAACCCGGGGACCCCGGUGCCCCUGGCCUGCCCGGACCGAGAGGCCUCAACGGGGAGAGGGGCGUCCCUGGCAUGCCUGGCAUCUUGGGACCAUCGGGCCGUGAUGCAUCUGAUCAGCACAUCAUUGAAGUGGUCCUGAAAAUGCUGCAAGAGAGGCUAGCGGCGGUAGCGGUUAGCGCUAAGAGGGCUGUUUUGGGUGGAGCCGGUGUGAUGGGACCACCAGGACCUCCCGGGCCCCCAGGCGCCCCCGGACCUCAAGGGCCACACGGUGUAGUGGGAGCACGCGGAAUCCCCGGAAUCAUCGGCGCUCCUGGCCAGAUUGGAAACCAUGGUCUUAAAGGGAAGAGAGGAAUUAAGGGCGAGAGAGGAGACCCAGGUCGCCCGCACCCUGGACAGCCUGGAGCGCCGGGUCUGCCAGGUCCUCCUGGUCUCGACGGCGUGGCCAGAGACGGUAAGCAUGGCGAGCGAGGCCCUCAGGGCGCUGCCGGAGAGGCUGGUCGUCCAGGUAAGGCCGGUCCUCCAGGUCUCCCAGGAUUCUGCGAAGCAGCCGCUUGCCUGGCGGCGUCCGCCUACACCUCACCCCGCCUCCAGGAGGCCGGCCGGAUUAAGGGCCCGUCCAAGUAAGAGCUGACCGUCACCUCCGCGAGAACGAGGGAGGAGGAGGAGGAGAAGAAGAGAGGGAGGGAGAGUGAGAGAAUGAGAGGCACACACACAGUACACUCGCUCCCUCUUCUAAACACCAGCGUAAAGGGGAAGGGUGGAGGGGGGCGGGGGGCAAGCCAGCCUGACUGACAUUCCAAGACAUCUCUCAUUGUGGCAUCAUCACUGUGGCCAGUCUACCAUUGGCUGCUGGCAGUGUCAGUCAUUUUGGAAUACUCCUGCCUCCACCACCACCCAACCGCAGCGUCAGCCGUGACAUCACCAUUAUCACCAUCACCUUCACCUUGUGGACAUUACCAAACUAGUAGCCCUGGACGGAGAAGAACUGAGAGACUCAAGUCCAUGAAAAGUAAUAUUAAAUAAACAGAGGUGCUUUUCUUUUAUAUUGUGGUCACUUUAAAUGUUUUGAGUGUUACUGUUCAUUAUUCCCAAGCAUUGUUUGUUUUUAAACAGGGCAAGUUCGAGCACACUACCCCCCUAACACAAACACCCCCUCCAAUCAGCAAAUGUACUAGAGUAACAAUAAAACGUACAAGUCCAUAUUCUGACAUCUCAUUAAGUUUAUUGUGAGGGAUUUAGUAACCAUACAUCUUACUGCAGACUAUAAAUCUUACUGUGUACAGCUUUCCCCACUGACCUAUAAGAUAGUGAUUACCUUAAUCAUUUUCUGUAGUUGUUCAGCAACAGGUUCUUGUCAACAGUCUAACCGAUCAUUUUAGUGCUAUGUAAAUCUUUGUAAAUGUGUGUUAAUUUUAUAUAUAAGGGUGGGUUUUCGUGUUGUUGUGAGAUCGGAACAGAGAGACCCUUGGUUAAUGAAUGUAAUCAGCAUUUUUUGAGUUGAAAGUCCAGACAAACUCACUCUGCUUGUCCAUCGAAGGUUUCAUUUCCCAUCUGAUUCCUCUAUGCCACUGUCCCCCAAUGCAAAUGACAACCUUUUGCCGUACCAAUAAAAGUGCAGAGAACUGAUUAUUUUCAUUAAACAACGAAAGCUAUUUAUUGUUCUUUAUUUGGUUCAUCUGUAAAGCAGAGUUUUCUUUCUUUUUUUUCCCACCUGGCUGUUCAGGUCAACCUAAAUCA